AUGGAUGCCUCCACCCUCCUCUGCUCUGCCAGCAUCCGUAUCAUACAGCCACCAGCAACCUACAAGUACCAGUGUGCAGCCUGUCGGCCUUCCAACAUGGAUGGCAAGACUCAGGAAAUGGCCAUUGACAAGCUUGCUGCAAGGCAAGGCAACAUCGGGGCUUCAACAACCACCUCGUCCGCAUCAAAGGACAGCUCGGGUGGAUCGAAAUCCUCGGGCGGAUCUAAGACAAGCACUCCGGGUGGAUCCAAGACAAGCACUCCGGGUGGAUCCAAGACAAGCGCUCCGGGUGGAUCCAAGACAAGCGCUCCGGGUGGAUCCAAGACAAGCACUCCGGGUGGAUCCAAGACAAGCACUCCGGGUGGAUCCAAGACAAGCACUCCGGAUGGGGCUAGAGCAAGCGACGAGGCAAACCAGCGGGAUGAGUCCGGCGGAGCAAGCGACGAGGCAAACCAGCGGGCUGCGUCCGGCGGAGCAAGCGACGAGGCAAACCAGCGGGAUGAGUCCGGCGGAGCAAGCGACGAGGCAAACCAGCGGGAUGAGUCCGGCGGAGCAAGCGACGAGGCUGAGUCAAUCGUAAGCGUGUCAGAUGAAGAUCCCAUGGAAUCGUUACCUUCGCUGAGAAGGUUAUGGGAGGAUGAAAACAGCUUGGACGUGGAAGAUGCGGAGAGAUAUUCUGAAGGUCAAACUUAUGUAGAGCUCACCCAAGAUGACAAUAUGUCGGGGUUGGAUGUGCCAGCUGAGGGCGGGCUUCUUGGGCGGAUCCCCCAAGCUCUGAGGCUGCAGACGAUCAUGCAGAACAGAAGGGUCCAACGCGUGCCCGUUUGUGUGGCCGUUGCCUUUCCGGCAGGCAAUGGUGGUGGUCGAGGAAAUGGUGGUGUCGCAGGUGGCGUGGCAGGUGCCGCAGGAGGCGGCGUGGCAGGUGGUGUAGGAGGCGUGGCAGUUGGAGCAGGAGGUGGUGCUGGAAAAAAUGGUGGUGUCGCAGGUGGCGUGGCAGUUGGCGCAGGAGGUGGUGGUGGAGGAAAUGGUGGUGUAGCAGGUGGUGUGGCAGUUGGAGCAGGAGGUGGUGCUGGAAAAAUGGUGGUGUCGCAGGUGGCGUGGCAGUUGGCACAGGAGGUGGUCCGGCAGGAGGACAGGCUGGAGGUCAGGCCAACAAUAACAACAUCCAGAACAACAACAUGA